UCCCUCCAAGAAAAUGGACCCCUCCUCUGCACCCUCGCCAUCCACCGCCGCUGGUUCCCCACCGUUGACGCCCCAAGAAUGCUUUAGCGCCCUCAGGUUUCUUUGCGGUGAGGACCACAAGAAAGCCGUGGAGGCCAUACUUUCCAGUCACCCGGAGAUUAUGCACAGCGCCCAAAGCCUCGUUCACUACCAAACGGCGUCGCUCUUCCGCGACUCCACCGCCCGCAGACUCGAACAGCUCCACAAAGCCCUCGAGUCCUCCCGCCAAGCCCUAGCGCUGUCCCCGAACUCCAACUCCUUCUCACUCUUCCACGCCAUCUUGCUCUCCGAACGCGCCCGAAACGACGCCGGUCCGGCUGCAGUCCCGAUUCCGGCAUCGCAGGUCGAGAAGAUGAGGAAGGAACUCGCGGAGCUCAUAGAGAAAUCCAAGAUCAAGAUCCUCGUUCUUGGGGGCGUGAACAGGAGGGAAAAUUGGAACCGGCUUCUGGAGGAUAAUGCUCUGGCGGAGGUAAAGAAGGAGUUCGAGGCCUUGCAAGGGAAAAAAAAGGUGGUAAAGAAAGUCGUUUCGAAGGAUCGGGUCAGGGCUUACUGGAACGACACCAUGAGCGUGGAAAGCAAGAGGGAAUUGCUGAGGAUCGGAAUCGAAGAGCUCAAGGCGCAUUUGGAUAAGAAUGAGUUGGGAAUGGCGAAGGAGGUUUUCACCAAGGCAGUAGAUUACGCUAAGGAGUCGAAGAAAUGGAAGUUUUGGACGUGCUGUUGCUGCGGAGGGAGGUUUUGUGAUGUAGUCUCCACGGCGGCGCAUCUUAGGAAACAUUUAGGUUCUUCAUCCGAGAGAUAUCCAGGGUUGGUGCCACAAACAGACCACGAAUGGGCCGUUAACAUGGUCGAAACUGGCGUUUGGAAGCCCUUGGAGGUUCUUUCCGAUUACGAUUGGCGUUACGUUGACGAUGACAUGCGCACGAUACUCAUAGGAAGAAUUCGUGAAAUGUUGCGAUUGCUUAUCAGAUAUCAGUGUCUUGGUUCGAGCCUUUUCUAUACGUUGGACGAUUUUAUCAUCGAAUCGUUGCAAAAGCAUGUUCCGAAACCGGUGUUUACGGAUCAUGGGCUUGACAAGACGCUCCAAUCGGUGUGCUUUUUGGACGUUCCGGAGCUCAAACUUGUUCUUGAUUCCUUAGAAGAUCUGGCUAGUUCUUCCGCAUUGCUUACUCUCUGUGAGACCUUUCCGGACGGUGAAGAUUCAGAUGAUCAGGGCUUCUGGGCCAAGUCCAACCUUCGAGAGAGGAUUGUUUUCAGCGGCAACUUCUCGGAUCUCCUGUUCGAUGAGCGGUUGUUGCAAGGAGAUAUCGUUGAGCCAGACAAUGGAAAUGCAGUCGUGACUUCUGGUACUAGUGCUGCUGAAGACUGUGAUGCUAAUGGUGAUAGCUUUGUCGAUUGGUUAUGGAUGGGGAGUCCUACAAUUAGGGAGCAAUUGAAGGAAUGGGAAAUUGUGAGAGUAGCUCGCACAAGUGAAGGAAUGGAGUUAUUCGAGAUUCUUAGAAGAGAAGAUCGAUGUUAUCAGGCACUGUGUGAGCGAAAACCCUACUAUGUGCUCUACUGGUAUCGAUUGGAGGAUGUUAAUUGCAUAUGUGGUAAAGAAAACAGGAAAAGAGAACAAAUUUCAGGGUACCAUCCACAGAGUUAUGCGUCCCUCUUGUUGAAGAGGUGGGAAAAGUUUGACAGUGAGGGUGAUAGCUUUGGGUUGGAUAUCAUAUGGAGUAUUCUGAAGGAAGCGCAAGCAGACACAGAGAUAAAAAUGGCAAUCCAGAAGCAAAGAGAUCAAACGGCUCGAGAGAUUUUCCUACUUGAUGGCAUAAUAUUGGUGAUUAGUGCCGGCAUGCGGCAGACAAAGCUGAAACUUGAGGCGGUAUCUGUUUAUGACUACCGGUUCAUUAUAGUGCCCAUGUUGAAGUCAUUCAUGAAGGCGCAUCUGGAGGAUCUGGUAAACAAAGAUGCUGCAAGGAAGCUUGAAGAAAAUUUGGAGUUGCAGAGGCGAAUGGAGAAUGUGGCUAAAGAAAAGCGCCUUGCUGAGCAAAAUAAGAACACCGGUGGCACCACUGCGGAGAAUGUGGUGGAGGGUGUGACCAGAACAACGGUACUCUGAACCUGAAGCCAACUAGCAUAGAUGCAUGAGGGUAGGCAAAAAUUAAAGCAUAGAUACUUCUCUGGAGCCAUUUCACUUGGGAGUUGUUUCAGCUUGUCAUCCCUAUGCAUAAGAAAGGUGACCCCAGGGAUGCAAUUACUGUAUAGUUAACGACGGUGAUAAUGAUAAUGAACAUGCUUUGAAAAGAGGGGUUUUGUGACUGGAAUAAGAAGACCACUAAUUAUACAAACUGAAAGAGGCAAUCUUAUAAUUUAAUCUCCAGGGAGAGCCCCAACAAACUCAAAUGUAAGUUAUGCACAUAUGCUGCUUUAUCCAAGCCAUACAAUAAGCUACGAACAUAUACUACAUUUUCCAAGCCAUAUA